AUGUCCAAGAUACAUUCAAUUUCAGAUUCAAAAUAUAUAAAACCAUCUCAACUACAUCAAUGGAUAAUAAAUAAAAGAUCACCAUCAGGAGAUGAUAAAUUUGCAAUAAUAGAUGUAAGAGACUCAGAUCAUAUUGGAGGUCAUAUAAAGGGAAGUUGGCAUUACCCUUCAUCAAAUUUUUCAAAUCUGAUUAAAGAAAUACAGAAUAAGAUUUAUGAUUUAAAAAUUAAAGAUGUUGUUUUCCAUUGUAUGUUAUCUCAAUCAAGAGGUCCUUCAUCAACUUUAAAAUUUUUAAGAUCAAUUGAUGAAAUAAGAGACGGUGAUAUAAAAAAUUAUUUUGGAAAUGAAGUUAAUUUAUAUAUUUUAAAAGGUGGAUUUGCUCAUUGGCAAGAUAAAUAUGGGAAAGACCCUACUGUUACUGAAAAUUAUGAUGAAGAAAUAUAUAGAUUUGGUGCACCAACUUGA